UAUUUAUGUUUAUGAGAUUAAUGAUGUAAUAAAGAAAGAUUAAAUAUGUGACAUUUUAUUAUUUCAAUUGAUAAAAAAAGGGAGAAUGUAUGUAAAAGCAUACAUUCACAAAAUGUGAUUAUAUUGAUAAUAGUUAUAAUUUAUAUAAUUGUUAUACAUAAUAUUAAUAAAAUAAUGGCAGAGAAAGGUGCUCAUUUAACUGGAACAACCUGUACGAAACCUUCGAUUUUUGAAAUUGUUGCACAAGAAUCUCUUGCUUAUAUAAUUGAACCUGCUUUUAAAAAGAUUCUAUCAUUUGUUAUAUCCUUUAAUCCUGAAAGAUAUGGGCAUUUACUUGAAUGGUCAGAUGAGGGAUACUUGAUUUUUAAUACAUUCCUUCAACGAUACUAUCUCAGCAAAUAUUCUGCAUCAUUUUCUGAAACAUUUUAUGGAUUAAAGCGUAUUUCGUUAAUCGAUGAAAAGUUUCAUGAUCAAUUAUCAACAAAACAAAAAUAUCUUUCUUUAUUGUUUCUUGUUUUAUUACCAUACUUUAGAGAAAAAUUGUCUAAACUUAGUUAUCGAUAUAAGUUACAAGAAGCUGACAAUUAUAUACCUAAAUCAAAAUGGGAAAGAAUUUUCAAAAAAUCUGUUAUUGAAGGUCAUAAUACUUAUUUCACAUUAUAUGAGUCUAUAACAUUAUGUAAUUAUAUACUUUACGUAUCUGGAAGAUCAAUGUAUGCGACACCAUUAUUAAGAUUUCUUGGUAUUAUACUUACAUAUUCAGAAACAAGGAAUAUUGUUCCUAUUACCGAAUUAUUGGACAAAGCUAGAAAUCAUUCUUUUACUAUUAGUGAUGGUUUAGAUAUACUUCAAACCACAAUUGCUAGAUCUUUUGAAAUUGGAGCAUUCUUUCUACAAUUCUUAUCUUGGUGGACCCAAGAGAAUUAUUUUACCGAUAUAAUGACGCUUCCAGCUCCAUCAGCUCCAAAGGUUAGACAUUCAAUAGCAAAAUAUAAAGGAUUAUGCCCACUUUGUAUGAAAGUACCACAUAUACGUACAGUACUUAUGGUAUCAGGGUAUAUAUUUUGUUACCAAUGUAUUUUACCUGUAGUGCGAAAUAAGAAACGUUGUCCAGUAACAAAUUAUCCAGCAAAUGAAAAUGAUUUAAUACGUUUAUAUGUAUGAUAUAAUACGUUUAUAUGUUAAUGAAAUGUGAAACAUAAUGUAAAUAUUGAAAGAUUGAAAAGGCAAGUAUGUUAUUGAAUAAAAUUUUUAUCUUUAUUUAUUAAA